UCUGAUCCGCUGUUCCGAAGAACCACCCCCAAAUUCCGACCACCAAACCCUAGCUAGCUAGCCAUGGCGCUGGCUCCGGCGGGUCCCGGCGGCGGCGGCGGCGACGGGCUGCGGAAGCUGGAGUACCUGUCGCUGGUAUCCAAGGUGUGCUCGGAGCUGGAGACGCACAUCGGGGUCGGCGACAAGGUGCUGGCCGAGUUCAUCACGGAGCUCGGCCGCGACGCGCCCUCCGUCGCCGACUUCGACGCCAAGCUCAAGGCCAACGGCGCCGACCUCCCGGACUACUUCGUCCGCACGCUCCUCACCAUCAUCCACGCCAUCCUCCCGCCGCCGCCCUCCCGGAACCCCGGCUCAUCGGCCGCGCAGUCCGGCUCCAAGUUCAGCGCGCUCUCCCGCCCCGACGACCCGGACCGCGCCCGCGAUCUCCGCCUCGAGCUCGAGCGCGACGCCAGUGCCGCGGCGGGGGCUGCGGCCGACGCCCCCGCCCAUUCUUCCAGGGACCGCCGUGGCGACGACCGACGGCAGGAUCGCGACCAUGACCGUCCGCGUGACGACGACCGCCGAAGGGAUCGGGAUCGGGACCGUGACCGUGACGACCGCCGACGGGAUCGUGACCAAGGCCGCGGGCGUGGUGACCCUAGCCGGGACCAAGGCCGUGAUCAUGACCGGGAUCGAGACCGUGGCCGGGCACGCGACGACGACCAAGGCCGUGACCGAGACAAUAACCGGGAUCGACACCGUGGCCGUGACAGAGAUAGUGAGGGAGACCGGGGUGGUAACUGGCGGAGGGACCAGGAUCGCCACCACGAAAAGGAAAGAGACACAGACAGGGACGACAGGAGGAGCAGGAAGUAUGUGGACGAUGAUGGAGAGCAGGAGAGGGGUGGAGGAAGGAAAACAGAGAAUACCGGUGCAAAUAUCUCUGGGGAGCCGGAGCUGUACCAGGUGUACCGUGGGAGGGUGACCAGGGUAAUGGACACUGGUUGCUUUGUCAGGCUUGAGGAUGUUCGUGGUGGCCGGGAGGGGCUUGUUCAUAUAUCCCAGAUGGCAAGCAGGCGGGUGGCGAAUGCAAAGGAGCUGGUGAAGCGUGAUCAGGAGGUGUUUGUGAAGGUGGUUUCAGUGAAGGGAGAAAAGUUGAGUCUCUCACUGAGGGAUGUUGAUCAGGAUACAGGAAAGGACCUCCUGCCGAUGCAGCGUGGUGCAGAGGAUGCACAAAGGAAUAACCCAUCUGGUGCAAGCGGCGGUGCUGUUGGGUCUGGCAGGAGGUUGGGUCUAUCAGGGAUUGUGAUUACAGAGGAGGAUGAGGUUGCACCCAUCUCAAGGCGUCCGCUCAAGCGGAUGAGCUCGCCGGAGAGGUGGGAGGCGAAGCAGCUGAUUGCUUCGGGUGUUCUGGAUGUUAGGGAUUACCCGCAGUUUGAUGAGGAUGGGGAUGGUAUGCUGUAUCAGGAGGAAGGUGCAGAGGAGGAGUUGGAGAUUGAGCUUAACGAGGAUGAACCAGAGUUUUUGCAGGGACAGAGCAGAUUCUCAAUUGACAUGUCACCUGUUAAGAUUUUCAAGAAUCCAGAGGGUUCAUUGAGCCGAGCAGCAGCCCUCCAGACUGCUCUCAUAAAGGAGCGGCGUGAGGUUCGAGAACAGGAGCAGAGAGCAAUGCUGGACUCGAUACCGAAGGAUCUGAAUCGGCCAUGGGAGGACCCAAUGCCUGAUACAGGUGAGCGACACCUUGCACAGGAGCUGAGAGGUGUUGGGCUGUCAGCUUAUGACAUGCCAGAAUGGAAGAAGGAGGCAUAUGGAAAAGCUUUAACUUUUGGGCAGAGAUCAAAGCUUUCAAUACAAGAGCAGAGGCAAACUCUUCCCAUAUACAAGUUGAAGAAAGAGCUAAUUCAAGCUGUGCAUGAUAAUCAAGUUUUGGUUGUUAUUGGAGAAACUGGUUCUGGAAAGACAACACAGGUGACACAAUAUUUGGCUGAGGCAGGUUAUACCACAAGGGGUAAAAUUGGUUGUACUCAACCUCGUAGGGUGGCUGCAAUGUCUGUUGCAAAAAGAGUGGCAGAAGAAUUUGGCUGUCGAUUGGGAGAGGAAGUUGGUUAUGCCAUUCGCUUCGAGGAUUGCACUGGUCCAGAAACUGUGAUAAAAUACAUGACUGAUGGUAUGCUUUUGCGUGAAAUUCUAGUUGACGAGAACCUUUCCCAGUAUUCAGUAGUCAUGCUUGAUGAAGCGCACGAAAGGACCAUCCAUACAGAUGUUCUCUUUGGUUUGCUGAAGCAGCUUGUUAAGCGUAGACCUGACAUGAGGCUCAUUGUUACUUCCGCUACUCUUGAUGCCGAAAAAUUCUCUGGGUAUUUCUUUAACUGCAACAUCUUCACAAUCCCGGGAAGAACAUACCCAGUGGAGAUACUCUACACCAAACAACCAGAAAGUGACUACUUGGAUGCUGCAUUGAUUACUGUACUGCAGAUUCACUUGACAGAGCCAGAAGGUGAUAUCCUUGUUUUCUUGACCGGUCAAGAGGAGAUUGAUCAUGCCUGUCAAUGUCUGUAUGAGAGGAUGAAAGGGCUGGGAAAGGAUGUCCCUGAACUCAUAAUUUUGCCUGUCUACAGUGCUCUGCCUAGUGAAAUGCAGUCAAAGAUCUUUGAGCCAGCUCCACUUGGGAAGAGGAAGGUGGUCGUGGCCACCAAUAUUGCAGAAGCUUCUUUGACCAUUGAUGGCAUAUAUUAUGUCGUUGAUCCUGGUUUUGCCAAAAUCAAUGUUUAUAAUUCAAAACAAGGGCUUGAUUCAUUGGUCAUCACUCCAAUUUCACAAGCAUCAGCGAAGCAAAGAGCAGGGCGUGCUGGCCGUACUGGACCUGGCAAAUGUUAUCGUCUAUACACUGAAAGUGCCUAUCGCAAUGAAAUGUCUCCCACGACAAUUCCAGAAAUUCAGAGGAUCAACUUGGGAUCUACAGUUCUUAAUAUGAAGGCAAUGGGGAUAAAUGACCUAUUAUCAUUUGAUUUUAUGGACCCCCCAGCACCUCAAGCACUUAUCUCUGCUAUGGAGCAGCUUUACAGCCUUGGUGCUCUUGACGAGGAGGGCCUUCUUACCAAAUUGGGUAGAAAAAUGGCUGAAUUUCCCCUGGAUCCACCACUUUCAAAGAUGCUGCUGGCUAGCGUUGACCUUGGAUGCAGUGAUGAGAUACUCACUAUCAUAGCAAUGAUUCAAACUGGGAAUAUUUUCUAUAGGCCUAGAGAAAAACAGGCUCAAGCUGAUCAAAAGAGGGCCAAAUUUUUCCAGCCGGAGGGGGAUCAUCUUACUCUUCUGGCUGUAUAUGAAGCUUGGAAGGCAAAGAACUUUUCAGGGCCCUGGUGCUUUGAGAACUUUGUUCAAUCAAGAUCGUUAAGGCGAGCACAAGAUGUGAGGAAACAGCUUCUUACUAUCAUGGACAGGUAUAAAUUGGAUGUUGUUGCCGCUGGGAAGAACUUCACAAAGAUAAGGAAAGCGAUCACCGCGGGCUUCUUUUUCCACGCCGCGAGGAAGGAUCCCCAGGAAGGAUACAGGACCUUGGUAGAGAACCAGCCGGUUUACAUCCACCCGAGCAGCGCGCUAUUCCAGCGGCAGCCAGACUGGGUCAUCUACCACGAGCUCGUCAUGACGACCAAGGAGUACAUGAGGGAGGUGACGGUGGUCGACCCGAAGUGGCUGGUGGAGCUGGCGCCAAGGUUCUACAAGUCAUCGGACCCGACCAAGAUGAGCAAGAGGAAGCGGCAGGAGAGGAUCGAGCCCCUGUAUGAUCGCUACCAUGAGCCCAACUCGUGGCGUCUCAGCAAGCGCCGAGCUUGAAUGCCAUGCACAUUGUAUGCUGCUCCAUGUGCUGGUUUAUUAGAAAUUUUGGUGUGUCUGCAAAUAUUUGUAUGCUCAGCUCCUAGACGCUAGUAUCAUCAAUUUACUACAGUAGGUAUUUUCACAAACGGUCUGAUGCCUCUUAAGCCUUGGGACUCGCUUGUGCCUCGACCUUUUACUGGGUGAUUCACUUCUCUCUUGUUACGUGUAUAAUAACCUUGAGACUCGCUGUGUCAUAUGUUUCCAGUUCGACGUUUUACCAUUUAUUACUGGGUGAUUCAGUUC